ACAUUACUUCGAUUCUGAUCACUUUGACUCAAACUCAACUAAAAACCCCUCGGUUUACUCUUUUUCGUUUUUUAUUUUUUAUAGUUUUUGGUUAUUUUUCUCUACUUAUCUUUUGUAUCUCUUCUUCUAAGUAUUUUCCUUCGGUUUCUUCAAGUAAUCCUAGUUUUAGGUUUUCCUUUUUCGUAGGUUUUUUAGGGUUUUGGAGGUUCUCUGGAUUCUGGAGUUUUUGCUUUUUGUAUCCAUGGAUUCUGAUCAAGGGAAGUUGUUUGUGGGAGGCAUAUCGUGGGAAACUAAUGAGAAUACCCUCAAAGAUCAUUUCAAGAAGUAUGGAGAUGUUGUGGAGUCUGUCAUCAUGAGAGACCGGAACACUGGGAAUGCGAGAGGGUUUGGUUUUGUACUGUUCUCGGAUCCAUCCGCAGCUGAUAAAGCCCUUCAAGACAAGCACGUCAUACUAGGAAGAACGGUAGAAGUGAAAAAAGCCGUACCAAGAGGUGAACAACAACAAAAUCAACAGCACCACCAACAACACCACCAUCCCCACCAACAGCAGAAUAAAGGGUCGGGUAAGAACGGUAAUAGUAAUGGUGGUGGUAACAACCAAUUUAGGACUAAGAAGAUUUUUGUAGGGGGUUUAUCCGCUAGCCUAACUGAGGAGGAAUUCAAGAGCUACUUUGAGAAGUUUGGUAGGAUCACCGAUGUGGUUGUCAUGUAUGACAGCACAACCCACCGGCCUAGGGGUUUCGGUUUCAUCACCUUUGACUCCGAGGAAUCUGUGGAGAGUGUGAUGCAGAAGAGCUUUCAUGAGUUGAACGAUAAGACUGUAGAGGUAAAGAGGGCAGUUCCUAAAGAUGGGAACACCAACAAUUGUAACAGCAACUAUCACGGCUACAACAUGAGAGUUGGUGGUGGAAGAGGGUCCCUCUUUGGUAGUUAUCAAUGUGGUGUUUACCCACCUUACAGUCCCAGAUAUGGGGUUUUCCCAGGCUAUGCGCCUGUCCCUCUCACUGGGUAUGGGGGUGCUGCCGGAUACCCUUAUGGAGCAGGCACAUAUGGAGGAGGAUAUCCUGUUGGAGGAUUUGGCGGAGUUGGUUAUGGGGCAGCCCCAAUUGGAGCCCCAAGGAGUCCCUGGAGUGGCCCAGCAAUGGUUGGUGCUAGACGGAGUCCUGUUCCUUAUGGCAGUGCUGCAAUCUAUCCUGGCUAUGUGAAUGGUGGAGUUGGUGGAGUCUUGGGUGUGGCGUCUGGCGGCUAUCGUGGGAUCAUGGGGCCCCAAGCUAAUGGGAAGUGGAAUCAGAGUGGUGGUGGCGAUUCACAGAUGCCUGCUGGUACAACAAGGCCUCGAAUCGAUGGUGCAAAGUUGGAUGAUGAUGCAUCAGCUUUCACCGGAAACUAUGGUGCUACUGCCAACAAGCAGAAUCAGAGAGGGCCUGAUGGACAACUUAGGCCUUAUGCUGUCACUAAUUCUAGUUGACUUUUUUCAUUGUAUUGCAUUAUCAUCUGAGGUCAGUAAAUUCUUAUACGAAUUUGGUUGGAGAUUUCUCUCACUUUAAGUCUCUGAAUGUUGCCUUGUUUAAAAGUCUUUGUCAUUGUGUGUCAUAAUCCAUUUCAGUAAUUUAUCAUUAUGGUAUGCAAUUUCUCGUGUAAUAUAUAGUUGUCUCUGAAUUCCAAAUACUGCCCGGUUCCUUAAAUUUCUAAUAAGAUCAUGAAGUGGCAAACUGGCAAUGGGGUGUUGGGUUGUCAGCGAGCUAAAUUGUUAAA